AUGUCCGCGGCGGCGGCCGCGGCCGCGGGGAUGACCGGCGCGAGAGCGGCGACGUCCGCCGCGGUCAGGGUCCUCCUCGAGCGCAGCCCUUACGUCCUGUGGGCCGCGCAGCGAAGCGCGUUCGCGCGUCCGGUCGUAGACGGCGUCGUGCACCCGGACCUGCCGACCUGGGGGGACGGCGACAAUCGCGGCGACGCGAUACCUCGCAUCGCGCGUUUGUCCAAGACGGAAGCCGCGUCGACGCCGUCGUGGCACGCGCAGACGAUCGCGGGGUCGAGGACGGCGACGAUGGAAGACGCGCGCGAGAAGAUGAUGCUCGCGUCCGCGUCGGGCGCGUCCGCGCUGAUGCUCGUGUCCGGGGACGGCGGCGGCGAUGGAGGAUCGAACGAGAAGUUAACAUCCGUCGCGUUGCUGCGAGAGGCGUCGAGGUUGCGCGACCGCGGCGACAUCGACGCGGACGUCCUCCUGAUGUGCGCGGCGAACCCGGCGAUGGAUGGCGACUCCGUGCGCGCGUUAGAGGAGAAGCUCGACGCGGGCGCGCGCGUCGUCGUGACGCAGCCGUGGGGCGUCGCCCCCGCGGCGGCGAGGCGGUGGUGGGAUUCGGUGAAGGCCAAAAACCUCGACGCGGACGCGGAGAUCAUCGUCGGGCUCCACCUCGCGUCGUCGAGCGCGUCGCUCGCGAGAUGGAUCGAUCUGUGCGGGCUCGCGGAGGAUUCUGAUGAUGAGGAUUCUUCGCAAGCCAAAGCCGCGGGGACGCUGCGCGAGUGGGAGGCGCGCGAGCGCGACAUGGACGCGUCGACGUUUCGCGCGUGGGCGGACGAGCGAUGCGAGCUCCAUCUCGCGGAGGCGCUCGCGGACGACCGCGUGGACGGCGUGCAUCUGAUGCCGAUCACGAUCGCGGGGUACGCGGCGGCGGUGAGGAUCUUCGGCGCGGCGGCGUCGCUCGCGUCGCUGCGGCGCGGGCCAUAG